AUGAAACAAACAAAAAAAGUGGUGGUUGAACCAAAACCAUAUAUUAAGGGUGAAUUUAAAAAUAGAUGUUUUGCAAAAGAUUUAACUAUUACAUUUUCAAUGGGUGCAUUACAAAAGAUUAGAAAAAUGGAUUCAAUUGAAAGGUAUGAAACAGUUAUGAAGAGUAAAGAUUAUCAACAAUUCAAUUCAUUUGAAUACUUUCAAAUGAAAGUUAGUACUUUAAUUGCAAUUCCAUCAAACUAUUCAUUCAUUUACCCAAUUGGUGAGUUUAAUUUCAAUGAAAAUAAAAAUCAAUAUGAAUUUAAACCAAUUGAAUUCCUAAAAGCAAUUGAAUUGGUUAAAAGGGAUAGAAGUGGUUUAAUCUCUUUUACUUUUUUAAAAUCAGUGAUUAAUAAUGGUCCUGAAUUUGAAUAUAUAAAAACAAAACCACCAUCUAAAAAUUAUUAUCAACAUGGGCCUUACUAUUUAAAUAAAUCAAACUUGAAUGAAUGGGAAACAACUUGUGCAAAGUUUGAUCAAGAAAAUGGUUUAAUCUAUAAAAUGAUCACAAAUAAAAGGUCAUCACCAUUUUAUUCAACUUUAAAAAUAUUAGUUCAUAGAGAAAUUAAAUUUGGUUUAUCAAGUAGUUCGCAUACAUCACACACCUAUCCCAUUGAUAAUAAUCAACCAUAUUACCAUAUUUUAGAAAAAGAAACUGGUUUAAAAACUUUAUCAGAUGAAAAUAAUCAAAAUAAUCAAAAUAAUCAAAAUGAUGAAAAUAAUCAAAAUGAUCAAAAUAAUGAAAAUGAUCAAAAUGAUCAAAAUGAUGAUAAUAAUAAAGGUUGGGUAGUUAAAAAUGAAUUUCCAUUUGGAUUUUUUUUAUUACCAAAUCUUAAAGAAAUUUGUUUUUCAGUUUUAAAAGAAAUGUUUUUAAUUAGUAAUAAAUCAGUUAUUGAUAAAUUAUUUUCAUCAAUUAAAUCGAUAGUACCAAUUAGUUUAUUACAAGAAUUUGUAGUUGAUUGUUUUAAUGAUGAGAAACCAGUUGGUAAUGAAAUUAUUUUUAAAAUUUAUUCAAAAUCUUUAUGUGAAAAUUAUGAUUCAAUUCUUUCAAAUAUUAAUUUCCCAUUAAAUGAUUUAUUAUCAAGUUGUAUUAAAAGAGAUUCUUGGUUUAGAUAUAACUAUGAUAUGUGUAUUGCACAAGAUUUAUUUUAUCCACCUUAUAAAGAAAAUUUUGCAAUUAAUGUUUAUGAAAAUUUAAAUUUAUUUAAAUUUAAAUCGAUUCCGAUUGAAAAUAGAAAAAAUAUUUUAUUUGAAAAAACUGGUGGUUUGGAUGAUUUUAACUCUUUGAUUACUGGUGAUCAGUCGAUUGUUGACAAGUCAAUGUUUAUUUCAAAUUUUAAUAGACUUACAAAUAAUAGAUUUAAUAAAACUUUUGAUGAUGGUGAGAGUGGUUUUGAAAAAUUAAAGAAAUUAGAUUGUAUUUUCAUUGGUGGUAUUAUUACAAAUUGUUUAAUUCAAAAUGAAAAUAAUGAUGAUGGUAAGGAUGUAUGUGAAGGAUUCGAGAAAUCAGAUAUUGAUAUUUGUUUUUUCAAUACAUCCAACGAUUUUUACGCUCAAGUUGCUCGUUUUAUUGAUCAGUUCUUUAAAGGUGUUGAUAGGUAUGAUAGUGAGGCAUCAAAUAAUUGUAGUAUUGUUUUUCAGGGAAAUCAUGUUACCAUUUGUCAACAUUAUCCAAAUCGUCAUAUUCAAUUAAAUCUUUAUUCACAUUUAUCAAUUGAGGAUGUUUUAAUUGGUGUCGAUAUUGAUGCAACUUGUUUUGCAUUUGAUGGUAUUGAUAUAUGGUGUUUAGAAAGAGCGUUGCAUUCAAUCAAUUAUCGUAUUAAUAUCGCAUCAGAGCAUUCAUUUUUAAUUAGAGGAGAUGUUAAUUAUCAAUAUAGACUACUCAAAUAUUUAAAACGUGGAUUUGAUAUUUAUUAUUUAUCAACUCCACAAAUUGAUAAAAUUAUUAAUCAAGCAAACUUUGGCAAUCAAUCUAAAUCAAAUUCACCACCAACUAAAGAUUUCACCCCAUCAUUAAGACAUGUUGGAUUUUCAUUAUUAUUAUCAUUAAGAAUGGAUUCAACACUUUACACUCCAUUUUUUAAAACCAAAGAAAGAUCUGAAACUAUUUUACCCUAUGGUCCAAAUUUUGAUGAUAAAUAUUUUAAAAGAUGGGUAGGUCAUAAUUUCAAUAAACACUACGAUGGCUAUAAUAGUAAUGAUAUUCUUCAACUACUAGAAACUCCUAUUUCAGAUAUGGAUAUGGGCCAUAGAGAUUCAAUAUCUUAUAAUCAUGAAUGGAUCAACUCAUUAAAUGAUAGAUCAUCUAAUUACAUAUACAAUGAAGAUUAUUAUUAUAAUUUUGAAGUAGAUGAUGAAGAAGAAGACGGUGGUGAACCUAAUUACCCCGAAUAUAAUGAUUCAUAA